GGCUACAUGGUGGAGCUGACGUCCCACCAGGGCAGUGUGGGCAGGGUGCUGCGUGCGGGCAGUGCCCUCCUGGGUGAGGGCCAUUUAACGGAGGAGGAGGAGAAAGAGGUCAGGGAGCAGAUGAACCUCCUCAACUCCCGCUGGGAACACCUCAGAGUGGCUAGCAUGGAGAAACAGAGCAGACUCCACGAGGUGUUGAUGGACCUUCAGCACCAGCAGUUGAAGCAGCUCACUGAUUGGUUGGAGCUGACAGAGGGGCGGAUCAAGAGGAUGGGGGCUCAGCCUAUGGGGCCAGACCUGGAGGAUGUUAAACACCAAGUAGAGGAACACAAACUGUUGCAGGAGGACCUAGAGUUGGAGCAGGUGCGUGUCAACUCUCUGACACACAUGGUGGUGGUGGUGGAUGAGAACAGUGGAGACAGCGCCACCGCUGCCCUGGAGGAGAAACUACAGCACCUGGGAGACCGGUGGGCAGCCAUCUGUAAGUGGACAGAGGAGCAUUGGGUUCUGCUACAGGAGAUCCUGCUCCAGUGGCAACACUUCACUGAGGAACAGUGUUCGUUUGACUCAUGGUUGACUCAGAAGGAGAAGUUGGUUCUGUCCAUCCAGAGCAGUGGCAUCAAGGAGCAGAGUGACAUGGUGGCCAACCUGAGAAGACUAGCGACGGUGAAGGGUGACCUGGAGAUGAAGAGGCCGACCAUGGACAAGCUGUGUUCUCUGUGUCAGGACCUCGUCUCCUCAGUGAAGAACAAAGAGGUGGCUCAUAAGCUGGAAGCCAGGCUGGAGAGCUUAAGCCCAACGCUGGGACAGAACUGGUGCAGAGCCUGGAUAGGAGCAGCUCACAG